AUGAAUCCUCAUGUAAAGAUUGUCCAAAGGUUUUUGAUCAUAUUGUUCUCUUUUCUAUUAGCUUACUACAAAGCUACUCUGUUCUUGGCCAUAAGUCUGAUGUCUUUUCGUAGGAAACAUUUUGGGAGUUGCAGCAUCACAUGUAAACCGUCAGGGGAAGCUCGCAAACGUUAUGUUUCUACUAUCUUGAAUCUUGGAGGUUAUUUGUCUCGUGGAGAGUCUUCUUGUAAAUGUACUUGCUACUUGGCAUAUCUGGCAGAGUUUGAUGCUGUUGCUGGUUCCCGUUGGGUCCCUAUAGGUGACAAAGUUCUCCUUAUGGCUGGUAUUUUCCUCACAUAUAUGGCUGGAGUGAUUCCUCUUCAAAACUCUGGUUACUCAUCCACAAAGAAAACUGUGGAGGAGAAUCCAGAUGUUGGAACUUCAGAAUCUUCUGGUAGGGACACAGAUUCUGAGGGUGAUUUGAAGUCUGUAUUGGAUGUGGUGAAAGGAAACCUUUUAGAUUCUUUAGACGCCAUUAAGCGUGAGAGUACACUUGGAAGAAGAGUUCUGAAAGCCAAACCGCCUCAAGGGAAGCUCCCACUGAGCUUAAACUUGAAGAGGAGGUCAGCUUACAUCUGCUUUCUUCAGUAUUUCAGUUUGAGCAUAUUUGGUUUUGUAGACGUUACAGUGAUUUAUACUUCAGGGGCAUAUCAUCAUUAUAAAAGUAGUGUAUCAACAAAAAGCAGCAUUUCCGCUUUGAGCCAAACAAAUAAGAUAUCUAACACAAUCAAUACGGAUGACUGGAUGAUUAGUUUUACUGAUAUUGUCCGUGAAGCAUAUCAAGGAGCAGGCAGGGCUUGGCUAACAAGGGAACUGUCUGUGAAAAGCACUGAUUCUGGAUGGACAAAAGAAACCUAUUUAUUAAAAAAGGUCUCCAAGAAUAAUAAUGAUGAACGUGUGGGGUCUAAAUAUAAUUUACCCAAAAUAAAAAAGGCCUUUUCCCUCCCAUUCCCUCUUUCCCGCUUUCUCCCUAAGCUCCUCCCCCUCCCGCAAACUCAAGCUCCUGUCAUGGGCAAAUACAUGAAGAAAUCGAAGGUCACCAACGAUACGGAACCCACGGAGCCAACUUCUUUGGGCGUUCGCACCAGAGCCGCCAAAACCCUAGCUUUGAAGAGGCUCAAUUCCUCCGCCUCUGAUCCCGCUUUAGCGGCAGACUCUUCUUGCUACCUUCAGCUCCGAAGCCGCCGUCUGGAGAAGCCAGUGGCGUUGACGGAGCCGAAACAGGGGACGAGGAUUAAAGAGUCUGGUGGCUCGAAGGGUCCGGUUAACUCCGGUUCGGGUUCGGUUCGUGUAGCUCAGAGCUGUGACGGAGAUGAAGGGGUUGGAAAGUUUGAAGCUUUUGUUGGAGAGAAUAGUCUUGAUUUUGAAUCGAGACAAAGCACAAGGGAGAGCACGCCUUGUAACUUUGUUGGGGAUGUGGAGAUCAAUGUUACACCAGGGUCUAGCACAAAGACGAUGCGCACAGCAGCCACUGAUUACACAAGGGACAGAGAUAGCUUGGUCCCAUCCGCUGGUGAACUGGAGGAGUUCUUUGCGUAUGCAGAGCAGGAACAGCAGAGGCUGUUCAUGGAGAAGUACAACUUCGACAUUGUGAAUGAUGUGCCCCUCACUGGACGCUACGAGUGGGUGCAAGUCAGUCCAUGA